AUGGCUGAAGAAACAAAGAAAUCUGUUGCUGUGGCUGCAACUGAAGAGGUUGUGGUAACUGAUGUGCGGGUGGCUGAGAAAUCCACUGAGAAGGAGGCGCCGCCACAGCCCGAGGCGGAGUGUGAGGUAGAAAAGGCUGAACAACCGGCUGCGGAAGAGGUUGUUGAAGAGAACAAAAUAACUGAAUCGGCUUCGUAUAAAGAGGAAAGCAACAAGGUCGAUGAUCUGAUUGACCCACAAAAGAAGGCUUUGGAUGAAUUCAAAGAAUUGAUUCGUGAAGCCCUUAACAAACAUGAAUUCACAGCUCCGCCUCCUCCGCCGCCUGCGGCCAAGGAGGAAGAGAAGAAACCUGAAGAGAAGAAGGAAGAAGAAACAAAACCUGAAGAGAAGAAAGAGGACGAACCAAAACCUGAAGAGAAAAAGGAAGAAGUAGAAUCUAAACCUGAGGAGAAAAAAGAACCAUGUGAGGCUCCUUCUGGAGUUCCACUGCCGCCUGAACCAGAGGCCCCGGUGGAGAAAAAGGAGGAAGAGAAGCCCACUCCACUGGCGGUGGCGGAGCCAUCAGAAUCAGUUGUUGAAAAAAUUGAAGCUGCUGUCGAAGAAAUCAAAGAAACGAUAGUUCAUGAAGUUCCACCACCAGCAGCGGAGGAGUGUCCCGCUGCCCCGGCGGAGGAAGCAGCCCAGGAAACAGCACCACCACCACCACCACCACCUGAGGAGGUUUCCAUCUGGGGAAUACCACUUUUGGCAGACGAAAGAAGCGAUGUAAUUCUCCUAAAAUUCCUCCGAGCCAGGGAUUUCAAGGUGAAAGAAGCCUUCUCCAUGCUGAAAAGUGUUGUCGCUUGGAGAAAAGAAUUCAAAAUUGAUGAAUUUCUGGAAGAGGAAUACAUCGGAGAGGGGCUUGAAAAGGUUGUGUACAUGCAUGGAGUUGAUAAAGAAGGGCACCCCGUUUGUUACAAUGCAUAUGGGGAAUUCCAGGACAAGGGUUUGUACAAUAAUACUUUUGCUGAUUCUGAGAAAAGAGCCAAGUUUUUGCGAUGGAGGAUUCAGUUUCUUGAGAGAAGUAUAAGGAAGCUUGAUUUUAGCCCAGAAGGUGUUUGUACAAUUGUCCAAGUGAAUGAUCUGAAGAAUUCCCCUGGACUUUUCUUAUUCAAGAAAGAACUCCGCCAGGCCACCAAUCAGGCCCUCCAGUUGCUCCAGGAUAAUUAUCCUGAAUUUGUUGCCAAACAGGUGUUUAUCAAUGUUCCAUGGUGGUAUGUGGCCUACAACAGGAUGAUUAGUCCAUUCUUCACAGAAAGAACCAAGAGCAAGUUUGUUUUUGCAGGCCUUACUAAGACUGCUGAAACCAUCUUCAAAUACAUAGCACCUGAGCAAGUACCAGUUCAAUAUGGAGGCCUCAGCAGGGAUGGUGAACAGGAAUUCACAACUGCUGAUCCUGCAGUUGAGGAAUUUAUCAAGCCAGCAUCCAAGCACACUAUUGAAUUGCCAAUUACUGAGGGAUGCACAUUGGUUUGGGAGGUGAGAGUAGUAGGCUGGGAUGUAUCCUGUGGAGCUGAGUUUGUUCCCAGUGGUGAGGGUGGAUACACUUGGAUUGUACAGAAAUCGAGGAAGAUAGGGCAAUCUGAUGAACCGAUACACAGCUGCAGCUUCAAAUCUGGUGAACCUGGAAAGAUUGUGCUCACAUUGGAUAACCAAACUUCUAAGAAGAAGAAGCUCAUCUACAGGUCCAAGAUUAAGUCCUCAGAUUGA